AUGGCUAUCGCCGGCUUCCUCCGUCGCAUUGUCAAGAACGAUGCGAUGAAGGAGGACCCCGUAGAGAUCUACGGAUGGAGAGUCUUUGCGUUGGCCGCCGCAUCUUGCUUCGGCGGCAUGUUAUUCGGGUGGGACAUCGGUGCCAUCGGCGGUGUCCUCGCCAUGGAAUCGACCCAGAAGCAAUAUGGCUACUACAACGCCUCCAAGGCUGAAAAGUCCAACCAGGACCAGAACAUUGUCUCGACCCUCCAGGGCGGCUGCUUCGCUGCGUGUCUAAUAACUCCCUACCUCACGGAUAAGUUCGGCCGUCGCUGGUCUCUCAUUGUUACAGGCAUCAUUACCACCAUCGGUGUCGUUUUCCAAGCUGCCUCGGCCGAGCACGGCAACCUCCCCCUCAUGUUCGUCGGCCGCUUCGUUGCGGGUCUCGGCGUCGGCGCCGCAUCGAUGCUCACGCCUCUCUAUGUCUCCGAGUGCGCACCACGUGCCAUCCGCGGCGGAUUGACGGCUUUUUAUCAGCUUUUCAUUGUGACUGGAACUAUGAUGGCCUUCUGGAUCAAUUACGGCAGUCUCCUCCACAUUUCCGGCAAGGCACUGUAUGCCGUGCCUCUGGCCCUACAAGCCGUCCCCGCCGUGCUGUUGUCCAUCGGCAUGUUCUUCUGUCCGGAGAGCCCGCGUUGGUGCGCCAAGCAGGACCACUGGGAGCGAACCAAAGACAUUCUCGUCCGUUUGAGGGGCCUGCCUGCCGACCACUCGUAUGUUCAGAGUGAGCUUAAUGAGAUGGCCGAGCAACUCGAGUCGGAGCGCCGACUUGUCGGCGACGCUACCGCCAUCACGCUCCUCAAGGAGAUGUGGCUCGUCCCCGGCAAUAGGAAGCGCGCCGUUCUGACGGUGCUGUUGAUGAUUUGCCAGCAAAUGGCUGGAGUGAAUGCCAUUAACUACUACGCCCCGCAGAUCUUCAAGAACCUGGGCAUGGACGGCACCAAGUCCUCCUUGUUCGCGACGGGCGUGUACGGUGUCGUCAAGGUCGCGGCCUGCGCCUGCUUUCUCACGUUCGUCGCCGAUUCACUAGGCCGUCGAUGGAGUUUGAUCUGGACCGGCUUCGCUCAGGGGCUGGCCAUGUUCAUUGUUGGGAUCUAUGGUCGUGUGAACCCGCCUGUCGAGGGGAAGCCUGUAAGUCAUUUGUCAUUGGUUGAUUCCUGGACCAGGUCGCACAUCUGGUCUCAAAGGGUGCGCGAUCAAGACUCUCUAACAUCCAUCCAGAUCCCGCCCUUCGGCUAUGUCGCCAUCACCUGCAUCUUCCUUUGGACCGUAUUCUUCCAGUUCGGCUGGGGACCAUGCUGCUGGAUCGUCAUCUCCGAAAUCCCGACUGCGCGCCUGCGGGCCAUGAACGUCGCCCUCGGCGCCCUGACGCAGUGGCUGUUCAACUUCAUCAUCGCCCGGACCGUCCUGACGAUGCAGCUGACAAUGGGCUACAAGGGCUAUGGUAUGUUUUUUAUGUUUGGCUCGUUCGGCUUCGCCAUGGGUACUUUCGUCUACUUCUUCAUCCCCGAGACCAAGGGUCUGAGUCUGGAGAAGAUGGACGAGCUGUUUGGCGUCACGCAGCUGGUUAAGAAUAUCGACGAGGAGCCCGAGGUUAGGGCUGGAAGUGUCCGUGAGCAGCCCGCUGAGAAACUUCAGUAG